GGCAAGAGGCAAGCCCAUUCUCGCCGUCUGGAACAGCCGGACAGGACCACGCCGGCCGCGGAGUUAACGGCACAGCGUCGUUUCAAAGCUAACCUCCCGCUCUUUCCUUUCUCUGAAUCCCCUGCCUUCUCCUGCCUCCCCGUCCAAGAUCCCCAAAACUACCGCCGCGCCGCCGCCGCCACCAUGCCUCUGUCACACCGGAACCUCCUCCUCUUCAUUCCCUCUGUCAUCGUUCUCGUUGUCACCUCCGCCGCCGCCCUAUCCGUCUCCACCCCGGUUGAGCUCACAGUCACCUCGCAUCCGCCGGCCUCCGUCCACCUCCCGCACGCGCGACCCCUCGCCGGUGGCGGUACCGCCGGGCCCUACUGCACGCGUGUUCUCCUCCAAGGCCGCCCCUCCCGCAUCCGCGACCCGUCUCGCUUCUUCCACGCGCUUCGACUCCGCGCCAACGCCACCCGCCCCCACGGCCUCGAGCUCUGCUUCCACAGAAAUGCCACAGUGGGGCCAUGCAAGUGCGCCGCGUCCCAAUGGCAGAAAAUGCCCAAGAGCGGGCUCUGGAUGCAGGUCAUCUCACCAUACGACUACCGGAUUCUUGAUUUCCGAAUGCCUGCUGACCCUUCGAGGUCUGUUGUGGUGUCCACUGAGGAAGAAUUCUUGCUCCACAGGGUGGUGUUCUUUGUCGUAGGAUUGGUGCUCAUGGUGGUGGCACACACAUUGAGCGAGUCUGUAGUGUUCUACUAUGGUGGAGCAAUGACUAUUGGCAUUUUCCUUGUGAUACUGAUUAUACUCUUUCAGGGAAUGAAGCUUUUACCAACUGGUAGAAAGAGUUCUCUUGCUAUUUUUGCAUACUCCUCAGUCGUUGGCAUGACGACAUAUUUUCUUCACUAUUUGUCGGGUAUGCUGCGCUCAGUUCUUGUGGAAAUUGGGAUUGCUGAAGACAUGCAUAAUCCUCUUGGAAUAUUCGCUCUAGUAUGUGUCGUCUUAGCUGGAGCCUGGUUUGGUUACUGGGGUGUCCGUAAACUUGUCCUGGCAGAAGAUGGAUCUGUUGAUGAGGGUGUGGCUUAUUUUGUUGAGUGGGCUAUCUUGAUUGUUUCAGCUGUUAUGAUCCUCCAGAGUUCUCUGGACUAUCUCUUUGCCUUUGCAGCUCUAAUCUUCUGUGUAAUCAUCAAAGCGAUUGCAAGAAUUGAAGGAAAGUCAAAAGUUUUACACUAUAUAUUCGGUAAUUCAUCUCGUUAUGGAGAUUUCUUUGAAGACUAUUCUAGCAUGAAUGGAGGUCGCCAAGAUGGCAAGCUUCAUGGUGGAUACCAGAGACGUACAGAGAGUAGAAACUCUCCUCUUGCAGCUUCUCCAGGCUCAGCAAAGUCAUUGUCGCAAGGUGUUGCUAGGGACAGCUUCUAUUCAACGUUUCACACCACCCCAGAGAGGAGGAAAUUCUCCAAAGAGGAAUACGAAGCAUUCACGAGAGAGGAGACAAAGAAAGCUAUGAAGCAACUGUUGUCCUCACCGGAUUUCAACAGGUGGGCGUUGGCUAACGCGGACAGAAUAUCUGUGGCUCCACCAGGAGGAAACUACAGCAGCAGCAACAGCAACCAGCAGCGACAUCGUUUCUUGGGACUGUUUUAAGCUGCGCGCGUGGUGUGCUUUCAGCAAUAGGAGUGCUCAUUGCUCAAUGAUUUCGUGCGUGAUUUGAUUAGCAAGGGUAGGAUAACAUCAGUGUUCCACAUUUUGAAGUGGCAGCAAAUAUGUAGAAUAUUGUAGUUUAGUCGCAUCUUAGGUCCAAAGUUCAAACAGCAUCUGUCUCUUGUAACAUUCCAUUCAGUGCUAAGUUGAGUGAAUCUCAACUUGAGUUGUAUAUGACGCUUGAUCAUCAUUAGGAUAGGAUGAAAGCAUUCAAGUGUUUCUAUGCCUGCAUAGGAACUAGGAAGCAAGCUGUGUGUGCAGUAUUUUGGGUUUGUAGUCGGGUCAUGCGUUGGAUACUAUUUCUCAUUUAUGUCUCUAAACUAAUAAUUUGUUCUUGAUUGUUUAAUAUGUAUGAAUGAUAUGAUACA